UCGUUUGCAGUGUUUUAACUUCCUCCAGCUGGCAUGCAGAGAAAAUCUACAAAUAUGACGCUCAAGAAACGAUUCUGAAAUAAUGAAAUUUGUGAAAUUUGCUUGUAGUGGGCGGGUCACUUUGUGAGUACGGCAUUGUUUGUGAGUGGAGUUCUCCGUGGCGGCGUGUGACCUGCGACACGAGAUGGACGGGGGCAUCGGCCGGAGUUUGGCGGCGGCGGCGGCCGCCUCGACACCGUACUCGCAUCGGCCCUGGAUGGCGCGGGUCGGAGCCGCCGCGCCCGCCGGCGAGAAAAAGGGACUCAAAGGAAUCGUCGCAGGCGGCAUCACGGGUGGCAUCGAGAUCUGCAUCACCUUCCCCACCGAAUACGUCAAGACGCAGCUGCAGCUGGACCAGAAGACAGCAGGCCGCGCCGGAGGCACCAAAAUGUACAACGGCAUCAUCGACUGUGCCGUCAAGACGGUCAAAACGAACGGCUUCUUCGGCCUGUACCGCGGCCUCAGUGUGCUGCUCUACGGAUCGAUCCCCAAGUCAGCCGUGAGGUUCGGUGCGUUCGAGCAGUUCAAAAAGUACCGUGUGGACGAGCGCGGUAACCUGUCGCCGCUGAACCGGCUGCUGUGCGGCCUCGGCGCCGGCGUCAGCGAGGCCAUCCUGGCCGUCACACCCAUGGAGACGGUCAAGGUGAAGUUCAUCAACGACCAGCGCUCGGCCAACCCGCGCUUCAAGGGCUUCUUCCACGGCGUGCGCGAGAUCAUCAGGGCAGAGGGUGUGGGCGGCGUGUACAAGGGCCUGACGGCGACCAUCAUGAAGCAGGGCAGCAACCAGGCCAUCCGGUUCUACGUGAUGGAGUCGAUGAAGGACUGGUACCGCGGCGGAGACCCCAAGAAGAGCGUGCCCAAACUGGUCGUCGGUGCGUUCGGCGCUGUGGCCGGAGCCGCCUCCGUGUUCGGAAACACGCCCAUUGACGUCAUCAAGACGCGGAUGCAGGGCCUGGAGGCGCAUAAGUACAAGAACACAUGGGACUGCUGCCGCCAGAUCUGGGUGCACGAGGGCCCGGCAGCCUUCUACAAGGGCACCAUCCCGCGCAUGUCGCGCGUCUGCCUGGACGUGGCCAUCACGUUCAUGAUCUACGACUCGUUCAUGGAGCUCUUCUCCAAGGUGUGGCCGUGAACGGGACAGCCGUGAUGACGUCAUCGGGGCGAUAGUCGUGCCGACGCGGUCGGUCUGGCCAGGUACUGCGUGUUGUCUGUCCCAGAGUGAGUGUGUAUGUGGGUGUCGGUAGGGCGCGGUAGCGGUGUCCCUCUUAGUCCGUGUUUGCUGGUGUCACUAUAUAUGGUGCUGUUUUAUUGAACCACGCCCAAUCAGGCGGAGAAUGAUCAUGUGUUAACAUUCCUUGCAAAGGUUUAGGGAUGGGCGAUAUGCGGUAUGCUUUUGAUAUGCUUCAGGGCGCAGUGAAUGUUUUUUUUUUUCAAGUACACCGUUCUCUUUGCUACGACCAUUUUCCAAGCGAGGGAUAAGCACAUUCCAGAAUAUUCGUCGUUCCUUGUACGCGCAUUUUCUAUACAUUUUUUCUUUCGUUGUAAUGAUGUUAUGUGUGAUAAGGUGUGAAUGUUGCAUAUUUAGUACGCGGAAGAGCCCAGCUGCAAUAAAAUUAGCUUUCUAUUGUUUUCUUCGUGAAAAUGCACGAACUGAUUGCCUUAUUAUACAUAUCAACGCUGUGUGUGUGAUUGUGCUGCACGAUUUAGUGAGCCAGAAUGUAAUUGUAAGAUGUCUGUUUUAGCCUGAGACAAAGUGUGACUGGUACGUAUAAUGCCACAACUCGUGCGUGCAGUGGCAUGAAUCCAAUUUUCUUCACGCAGCGAUACCGUUGUCAAAUCAAUAGAAAUGGUGGUGGCAGCCGCAAUGGCCCUAGGCAGCGAGGGCUCGUGCUCUAUAAGCCAUGGUGUAUGUAGUAACUGCAAUACAUAUAUGUAUGUCGGUC